CCGUCCCCGCGGCCCCGGCCCGCUGCCCUGGCCCCCGCCGGGGCCCAGCCCACGCGGGGCCGCCCGCCGGCACCCCUCCUGACCCGAUCUGCUCUCCCGGCGGCCCCGCAGCGCUCGGCCGCGGGCCUGCCCCGUUCCCCGGGGUCGGGGGGCUCCGGCGGAGGCAGGCAGGCCGAGGCGGCGGCUCCCCCGCCUCCGGGGCUGCCAGCGGGGUUUUUGCUGCUGCUGGCCCGCUUCCCGCCACUGACAGCCUUCCCGUCAGGGUGGGAGCGGGAAGCGUGGCGGCCCGUCAGGCGCUUGUGCUGCCUUCUCGAUACGGAUCUGUGGCGUGCGGCAGGCUGCGGAAGGAGUGGUACUGAGUUAACGUCUGAACACAUCUAGGUGGUGCUUUAAGAAAACUGACAAAUAGCUGCUGGGAUGUUUCUCCGAUUACUGUCAGAUGUCCGGUGGCGAGCAGCUAACCUGAAAUGGAGAAGAAUGACCUGCUCCUGGCGAAGUACCUCAAGUACAGCAGAACCUUACCCGGUUUCCUUGCCAGCACAGGCACAGGUUGUCAUCUGUGGUGGUGGAAUCAUGGGCACCUCCGUGGCAUAUCACCUUUCCAAGAUGGGUUGGAAGGAUAUAGUCUUACUUGAGCAGGGCAGGUUGGCUGCUGGUACCACUCGCUUCUGUGCUGGCAUUGUGAGCACAGCCAGACACGUGUCCAUAGAGCUGAAGAUGGCAGACUAUUCUAACAAGCUCUACCAGCAGCUGGAACAAGAGACAGGAGUAAAAACAGGGUACAUGAAGACAGGCUCUAUUUCACUGGCUCAGACUCAGGAUCGACUAAUCUCUCUGAAACGCAUUGCUUCAUCACUGAAUGUAAUGGGGAUACCUUGUGAAAUUAUCACCCCAAAGCAAGUGGCACAGCUCCACCCACUGAUCAACAUCCAUGACCUUGUGGGGGCCAUGUAUGUGCCAGAAGAUGCACUUGUGUCAUCUGCCAAUGUGAGUCUGGCUCUGGCAACCGCUGCCUCACGGAAUGGUGUCCAGAUUCAUGAAAGGACGAGUGUCAGUCAUGUCUCGGUCCAGAAGGGUCGUGUGACUGCAGUCGAGACUGACAGAGGACAGAUUCAAUGCCAGUACUUCGUCAACUGUGCUGGCCAGUGGGCCUAUGAGUUGGGCCACUCUGGGGAGGAACCAGUCAAUAUCCCACUCCAUGCCUGUGAACACUUCUACCUCUUGACACAUCCUUUGAAGGAACCUUUGGCAAGCAAUUUACCAACUAUUGUAGACCCAGAUGGCAGGAUCUAUAUACGCAACUGGCAAGGUGGCAUCCUCUCGGGAGGCUUUGAGAAAAACCCCAAACCCCUCUUCACGGAGGGACGGAACCAGCUGGAGAUUCACAACCUUCAAGAAGACUGGGAUCAUUUUGAGCCACUUCUGAGUGCCCUUCUGCGCAGGAUGCCGGAUUUGGAGGCUCUGCAGAUCAUGCAGUUAGUGAACUGCCCAGAGUCCUUCACCCCAGAUAUGCGGUGCAUCAUGGGAGAGUCGCCCACUGUGCGGGGUUACUUCGUUCUGGCUGGCAUGAACUCAGCUGGUAUCUCAUAUGGUGGGGGAGCAGGCAAGUACCUGGCAGAGUGGAUGGUAAAUGGGUAUCCAUCAGAAAAUGUCUGGCCUCUGGAUUUGAAACGUUUUGGUGCCCUUCAGAGCAGUCGCACUUUCCUCCGACACCGUGUGAUGGAAGUAAUGCCCCUCAUGUGUGAUCUGAAAGUUCCCCGUUGGGACUUCCAGACUGGCAGGCAGCUGCGUACUUCACCAUUGUACGACCGUCUGGAUGCACAGGGAGCUAGGUGGAUGGAGAAGCAUGGAUUUGAGAGAGUCAAGUAUUUUGUCCCACCUGGGAAAGAUCUGCUGGAUUUGGAUCAGAGCAAAACCUUUUAUAAACCAGACUGGUUUGAUAUUGUGGGUUCCGAAGUCAAGUGCUGUAAGGAAGCGGUUUGUGUCAUUGACAUGUCAUCUUUUACCAAGUUUGAAAUAAGCUCCACAGGAGAUGAGGCCCUGGAGAGUCUGCAGUAUCUCUUCUCAAAUGACCUGGAUGUGCCAGUUGGGCAUGUUGUGCAUACAGGCAUGCUUAAUGAGAAAGGAGGUUAUGAGAAUGACUGCAGCAUAGCACGAUUGAGCAAACGCAGCUUCUUCAUGAUUUCCCCUACCGACCAACAAGUCCAUUGCUGGGCCUGGCUGAAGAACCGCUUGCCCGAUGACAGCAACCUGACCAUGGAAGACGUGACCUGGAAGUACACGGCUCUCAAUCUGAUCGGCCCCCGUGCUGUGGAUGUCUUGUCAGAGUUGUCAUAUGCCCCAAUAACUCCAGAACAUUUUCCCUCUCUCUUUUGCAAGGAGAUGAGCGUGGGCUAUGCUAAUGGCAUCCGUGUGAUGAGUAUCACUCACACAGGAGAACCUGGAUUCAUGCUUUAUAUCCCCAUAGAGUAUGCCCUUCACGUGUACAACGAGGUAAUGAACAUGGGACAGAAGUAUGGGAUUCGGAACGCUGGUUAUUACGCACUCCGCAGCCUGCGCAUUGAGAAGUUCUUUGCAUUCUGGGGCCAGGAUCUGGAUGCUUUUACCACUCCUAUGGAGUGUGGACGCGAGUUCCAGGUCAAGCUGGAAAAGGGAAUGCAGUUUGUUGGCCAGGAAGCGCUGUUGGAACAGAAGCAGAACGGUGUGUACAAGCGCUUUACCAUGUUCAUUCUUGAGGACCACGACACAGAUAUGGACCUCUGGCCCUGGUGGGGGGAGCCCAUUUUCCGCAACGGCCGCUACGUGGGCAAGACCACCAGCAGUGCCUACAGCUACACUCUGGAGCGCCAUGUCUGCCUUGGCUUCGUGCAGCACUUUGAUGAGAAGACAGGAGAAGAGCUGGUGGUGACAACUGACUUCAUCAACCAGGGCGAGUAUGAGAUCGACAUUGCUGGGCAGCGCUUCCAGGCCAAAGCCAAGCUCUACCCCUUCAGCUCCCUCUUCACGCAUCGUCGCCGCAAGGAUGAGGAGGAACUGAGUGGCUACCAAAGGGAGUAGUGCUGACUAGACCUGACCUGCUCCUUUUCCCAAGCUGGAGUAUUCUCCCACAAUCUUCCAGUCCAUUCUCCUCACAUAUAUUUCUUUCUUUUCCUUUCUUGUCUUGCAACUUUUAAACUUUUUCCAGUGUGUUACAUUUUGUAUAUUUUAAAACUUUAAUUUUCAAGCUUUCCUGAUCCUGUCUUUCUCCCUCCUUCAACCCUUUGCUUGCCAGGCUCCCCCAUGCCCCAGUGGAUGAAGCACAGUGCUGAGCAUGCAUCCAGCAGUCCAUGGGAAGCCUGUUUGGAGUGAACCCCACCAGAGGCCCUAGACUUACGGUGAUGGGAAGGGUUCAGGUGAACCCCUGAGGACUACACCCUUCCUCUCUCCUCUCCAGCGUAAGGCAUGGGACAGCAGGUAUUUGCUGCCUGUAGUUCAGAUGAAUGCUGUGACUUCACCCUGCUCUCCGCAUAUCACGUUGUAGAGGGGUCAAUGCAUCAACACACACAGCAAUAGAACGAUCAGCUACCUCACUGGCAUGAGACAUAGCAUUGUGUGAGCAGCAGCCAAGAGACAGGUUUUGGUAUAGUCCAGCCUGUCACUGCCCCCUCCCCCCCCUUUUUUUUUCCUAACAGGGAGUCAAGUAGAUUUAAUCAUCAGAUCGUUGAGAUGACAGUAGUGCUGGUAAGUUUUUUGUUGUUGUUGGGAUUGGAUUUUUUGUGUGGGGUCACUGAAACUAAAUGGCCUUCUAUAAAUAUAAUUGAAGAUCGACAUGUGUGUUUCACUUCUAUAAAGGAAUGGGAUUUGUUUCGGUUUUUUGUUAGCAAACAUACUGAUUUCUAGCAAGGACAGAUGUUGGUGUUUAAUGUUAUUAGCUGUGUUGAAAUGCUGCUUCUGUUCCAGCUGCACAGUGUACAAUCUCUUUGGGGAUUUUCUUUCACUUUCCUUUUUUUACGUGACUUGGUCAAGCUCAUCUGGCAAGGUUCAUGUAAAACUUAUGUUGGUUUGGGGUACUUGAGCAGCAGGAGGGGACAAGAUCUUGUCCUUUUGGCUGCCUGUGGUUAUUUUGAAAUUGGGAGGAAAAGACCCAGCAUUUGUCUCAUCUGUGGUGCUGGGUUUUCUUCUGGUGGUGAGAAAGCAUCUCAGCAGCUCCUGCUGGACUUGAGAAGUUGUCUUCUGUUUUUCUCCUCAAAUCUGUUGUAUUUUCUACUUCUCUGUCUUGGACCUCAGAUGAGGGGAUUGAAUAGAGGGAGUGAAGGGAGUGUGGCAGUGGGAUUAUAAAUUCCUUUCCUUCAGCAAAGCUCUUUGCAUCAUGCUCCUCAUACAGAUGCUUCAGCCAGCGCAGCUGGGAUUCACCCCUUCUUCAAGUGUCAAAAUGCGCCGAUUCAAACACUGAUGGUAAAUGGUAAAGAAGUGGGGGGAUACUGAAUUGUAUUGCACACAUUUACAUCUUCUUUUUCUUCUUCGCAUUGUGAGCACAAUCAAAAGCAAAGAUUCUCUUUAUUUACUUGAAGAAGAUCUGUUACACAUUUUCCCUGCCUCUGCCACCCGCAUACUCCUCAUGGUCUUUCUGCUCCAGCAUCUUUCUGUCUGGAGUUCAAGUACAACCUUGCACUGAUGUCUGCCCUGUCAGCCACGAUGAACACUUUCCCUAUGAUCUGGAACUGGUUUUGGGCACUUUCUUUUCCAGUUCAAUGGCAAGCAUCAGUAGUGUAAAUAUGAGCUCAAAACCUUGCCUGGUUCUUUUAAGUUUGCUUUCUGCUGUUUUAGUUGCUUCGGGUCAUGCUUUCGGUUGAGUCUUUGGUCUGGCAGUUCAUGAUCCAGGUGUUCUCAGCAUGCAAAAGAAGUCGAAUGUCCCUAAGGCAGGAAAGGUGAAAGUGUAAGACCUUUAUACCUUAAAACAGGUUGUCAGAGCAAGCUACCCCAUUCAGGGUGAUACGGAAACUGUGAAACCUUGGAGUGGAGAGUUGGGAAAGGGUAUAAGAGAAUUAAGGAUUUGAGCAUGGGACUGUAGUAGGUUGAACGCAGAUGUCACUUCGAGCAUGCUCUCCUUUGUGAAUGGUGAAUUCCUUUUUAGUGUGUGACCUCUUCAAGGAUUUUGAACUUAACGACUUUUGAACUUGAAUGUGCAAAAAUUCCCCAGUCUGAAAUGCAGUGACCACAGUAGGGCAGCUUUUUGGGAUCUCACAGCUGAGAUUACGCUGCAUGGCUGUUGAAGGUGGAGAUUGUAAUUUAAUCCAACUUCCCCUAUUAUUGCUCUCCAAAUUAAAAUUUUGCCUGGUAUAUCAGGUUUAGUUGCUUAAAUGAAAGGUUCAUAAAGCAUCUGAUAGCAGUUUAAAAUCCAGUCGCUUCUUGCCUUGUCUUUUCCACAUAGAGGGAUACUGCAAUCCCACUAUUCCCGUGCUGGUUGUGUGUACCAAGGAGGACCUCUGCUUUACCAGCCUGUCACCUGGGAACAGUGCACCAGGUCACUCAAAAAUACAUGUCCAUCCUCUUGUCCCUCCAUUGGUUUUAUGUGAUGUUGCUGUGCCUUGCUUAUCUAGGGAAACAAGCAUUCAGCCAAACAGAGUUUUAUACAUGAUACUUAGGGUGUGUCUUAGAGCAGCCCUUCUGAUUAGAGUUUAUUGACCAUUUGUUGUUGCUGUUGAGGCAUGAUACUUCUUCAGGAGAAAACAAAGCACGCAGCUGAGGCAAGCUAUAGUACUUAAUGCAACUCCUGAAGAGAGAUCUAAGCUCAAACCAUUCAGUUUGUUCUCUGCAGAGUUAGAAUAGUUAAGACCAAACUGGGAAGUUAGCAGCAUGCUGUCCUCUACCAACCACUCGUUCCUGAAGUGUUAGAGGCAGAUUAUAUUCCUCCUUGUGAUUAUUUUUUCUUUUCCCUAAUUUAUAGGUGCCUGUUAGUUCCUCAGACAACUUUUGAUACAGGUGUCUCUUCCCAUAGCAGUUCUGACAAUAAAAUUGUGUUUUAUGAGCUACUUUUGUCAUUAUGUCUGCUUAGGUUUAUUUUAUGUCUAGAUCUAUUGACCUUUCAAUAGCAAAAAUAGAGAGUUAAAAUAAUUUUCUAUCGUGCUGAUAGAUACAGCAACGCUUUCUGUAAUGUUACGUUUGCUGUUUGAGACUUAGAGAUAGGUGGUUUGAUAAUUGUCAGUCUUGCAGCUCACUAACGCCUACUCUGGCUUUCCCUGCUAUGAAUUCUGAUUCUUGUUUUUUAUCAGAACCUGCUAUUCACGCUUAGUCAAUUUAAUUUCUGGCAGCUAUUUUUAACCUUAUAAUGUUAAAGAAUAGUUUGCCUUCACCAACUUGAAUACCUGUCAAGGGGACAAUUGGAUAGCAUGUUUUAAAGUAGUGCUAGGCACUGAGACCGAGAAAGGUCCUUCUAGUGUAGUGUUUUCUUCCAGAGGUAUUAAACGGUGAUGUAAGACUCUAAUCCCUUUAUCUGAUGACUAAAAGUAGAGUGCCUAAAAAAAGAACAACAAAAUCAGUUACCACCUUUAGUACACCUUCAAAUUAGAAAAUUAGAAAUC